CCUGAAGGACGAGCAGCCGGUGCAGUGCGGGCAGUACGACGGGCUGGUGGAGCUGGCCACCAUCUGCGCCCUCUGCAAAGCGAACGAGUCCUCCCUGGACGACAACGGGUCCAAAAAAGUCUACGAGAAAGUGGGGGAAGCCACUGAAACAGCCCUGACGUGCCUGGUGGAGAAGAUGAACGUCUUCAACACCGACACCAGCAAACUCUCCAAGGUGGAGCGAGCCAACGCCUGCAAUUCGGUGAUCAAGCAGCUGAUGAGGAAGGAAUGCACCCUGGAGUUCUCCCGCGACCGCAAGUCCAUGUCGGUGUACUGCACGCCCACCGGCCCCGGCCACAACUCUGCAGGCAGCAAGAUGUUCGUCAAGGGCGCCCCAGAAAGCGUGAUCGAGCGCUGCACCCACGUCCGUGUGGGGACCGCCAGGGUCCCGCUGACGGCCCCGGUGCGGGAGAAGAUCCUGGGCAGGAUCCGGGAUUGGGGCAUGGGCAUCGACACGCUGCGCUGCCUGGCUCUGGCCCCUCACGACGCGCCCGCCCGCCGCAGGGAGACCAUGCAGCUGCAUGACUCUGCCGCCUUCAUCCACUACGAGAACAACCUGACCUUCGUGGGCUGCGUGGGGAUGCUGGACCCUCCCCGCAAGGAGGUCACCUCCUCCAUCGAGAUGUGCCGCAAGGCCGGCAUCCGCCGCUUCUCCGCCCGCGUGGAGCCGGCGCACAAGUCCCGCAUCGUCGAGUAUCUCCAGUCCUUCCACGAGAUCACCGCCAUGACGGGUGACGGCGUCAACGACGCCCCGGCCCUGAAGAAAGCUGAGAUCGGCAUCGCCAUGGGGUCGGGCACGGCCGUCGCCAAGUCGGCCGCUGAGAUGGUGCUCUCCGAUGACAACUUCUCCACCAUCGUGUCGGCCGUCGAGGAGGGCAGGGCCAUUUACAACAACAUGAAGCAGUUCAUCCGCUAUCUCAUCUCCUCCAACGUCGGGGAGGUCGUUUGCAUCUUCCUGACGGCCAUCCUGGGCUUGCCCGAGGCCCUCAUCCCCGUGCAGCUGCUGUGGGUGAACCUGGUGACGGACGGGCUGCCGGCCACCGCGCUGGGCUUCAACCCCCCCGACCUGGACAUUAUGGACAAGCUGCCCCGCAACCCCAAGGAGCCCCUCAUCAGCGGCUGGCUCUUCUUCCGCUACCUGGCCAUCGGAGUGUACGUGGGCCUGGCCACGGUGGGCGCAGCGACCUGGUGGUUCUUGUACGACGCCGAGGGACCGCAGGUCUCCUUCCAUCAGCUGAGGAACUUCAUGAGGUGCACCGAGGACAACCCCAUCUUUGAAGGAAUCGACUGUGAGAUCUUUGAGUCCCGAUACCCGACCACGAUGGCUCUGUCAGUGCUGGUGACAAUCGAAAUGUGCAAUGCCCUGAACAGUGUCUCUGAGAACCAGUCGCUGCUGCGGAUGCCACCAUGGCUCAACAUCUGGCUGCUGGGGGCCAUCGUCGUGUCCAUGGCUCUGCACUUCCUCAUCCUCUACGUCAAGCCCAUGCCUCUCAUCUUCCAGGUAACCCCCCUGAGCUGGCCGCAGUGGGUGGUUGUAAUGAAAAUCUCCCUGCCCGUUAUCCUGCUGGACGAAGGACUCAAGUACCUUUCCCGCAACCACCGGGACGGCAUUCUCAGGACGGUAAGACACAUGUGGAGCGGGGAGCACCAGUUGAAAACCUGCAGGACUCCAGAGCAAGG